UUAUUAAAGCAAAGUAGAAACAUUUGUCAGACUCAGAGCAGCUGAGUGACAGAGUGUCAGUGCUGGAUGUGAGGAUGAGGUACACUUUGAUCUGUGUGCUGGGAUUAUUCUUGCUGAAUACACUCUUCUACGGACACUCUGAAGCAAAUAAACCCAAGCCCACACUGAAAGAAGACAACACCAUCAUACCAGUACGGGGCAGAGUGACACUGACCUGCUCUGUGGAGGGUUCUGCUGGCUGGAAAUACGACUGGUUCAGACAAACCUCAGACUCUUCUAGAGUUCAGCCCAUAAGAAAUGUUAACCCAGACGGAAUUAUAAGUGUUGAUCAAGGAGGCAUCUACUACUGCAGAGGAGGAAGAGGAUAUCCAGUCUUCUCCACAGAGGACAGCAACAAAGUCACUAUUCAGCAAACUGUUUCCAACAAGGCUGUUGUGACUCUGCAACCCAACUGGCCUCAGAUAUACAGUGGUGAGACAAUCACUGUCAGAUGUGAGAUCAAGGGAGGUGCAGACACUCGAUGGGAAUAUGAAUGGAGAACAAACAACAUGGACACACCUCUGAAAGAUCAUGAAUACAAGAUUAGCAGUGCUUCUGAGUCCAACAGUGGAGCCUACAGUUGUAAGGGUAGAAAGAUCUUGUAUUUCUCAACAGAGUGGAGUGAUGCCAUCACAUUGACAGUAUCACCAUAUAAACCAAAGGCCAAGCUGAGUGCUGACAACAGAGACAUUCCAGUAGGGGGCAGUGUGACCCUGACCUGCUCUGUGGACCCAUCAUCAUCUGGUUGGGAAUACUACUGGUACAAAGGCAAGAAAACCUCUGAACCCCUGAACACACAAGAUGCUGUUUUCCAAUCAAAUGGACAAAUCAGUGUCUCACGGGGAGGACUCUACUGGUGCAGAGGAGGAAGAGGAGACCCAGUUUACUACACAGAGUACAGUGAUUCAACCAGGAUCAACAAAAUUGUUUCCAACAAGGCUGUUGUGACUCUGAAACCCAACUGGCCUGUGAUAUACAGUGGUGAGACAAUCACUGUCAGAUGUGAGAUCCGUGGAGGUGGACACACUCGAUGGGAAUAUGAAUGGAGAAUAAACAAUGUGGCCGUAUCUCGUAAAGACAAAGAAUUCAGAGUCAGCAGUGCUUCUAUAUCCCAUACUGUAGACUUCAUGUGUAUGGGUAGAAGGGAUUUUUUUUUGACAGAGUGGAGUGAAGCCAUCACAGUGACAUCAUUGAAUAAACCCAAACCGACACUGACAGCAGACAAAACCAUCAUACCAGAACACGGCAGUGUGACACUGACCUGCUCUGUGGAUGACUCUGCUGAUUGGAGAUAUGAGUGGUUUGGACAAACUUCAGGCUCUUCUGCAUAUCAACCCAUCACAAAUGUUAAACCAGUUAACAAGGUCUCACAAGGAGGCAUCUAUUACUGCAGAGCAGGAAGAAGAGGAAGAGGAGGAGACCCAGAGAUCUUCACCGAGUACAGCAAUACAGUCACUAUUUGGAAAACUGUUUCCAACAAGGCUGUUGUGACUCUGCAACCCAACUGGCCUCUGAUAUACAGUGGUGAGACAAUCACUGUCAGAUGUGAGAUCCAGGGAGGUGCAGCCACUCGAUGGGAAUAUGAAUGGAGAGAAAAUAAUGUGGCCAUAUCUCGUAAAGACAAAGAAUUCAGAAUCAGCAGUGCUUCUAUAUCCCAUAAUGUAGACUUCAUGUGUAUGGGUAGAAAGGAUUUUUUUUUGACAGAGUGGAGUGAAGCCAUCACAUUGACAUCAUCAAAUAAACCCAAACCGACACUGACAGUAGACAAAACCAUCAUACCAGUACACGGCAAUGUGACACUGACCUGCUCUGUGGACGACUCUGCUGAUUGGAGAUAUGAUUGGUUCAGACGUGCCUCAGCAUCUUCUGCAGCUCAGCCCAUCAGAUAUGCUGAACCAAACAGAGUUUCAAGAGUUAAUCAAGGAGGCAUCUAUUACUGCAGAGCAGGAAGAAGAGGAAGAGGAGGAGACCCAGAGAUCUUCACAGAGGACAGCAAUGCAGUCACCAUUCAGAGAACUGUUUCCAACAAGGCUGUUGUGACUCUGCAACCCAACUGGCCUCAGAUAUACAGUGGUGAGACAAUCACUGUCAGAUGUGAGAUCCAGGAAGGUGCAGACACUCGAUGGGAAUAUGAAUGGAGACUAAACACCUUAAACACACCUCCAAAACACAAUGAAUACAGGAUUCACAGCGCUACUUGGUCCCACAGUGGAGAAUACAGAUGCAAAGGUAGAAAGUACUUGUAUUCCUCAACAGAGUGGAGUGAUGCCAUCACAUUGACAGUAUCAUCAAAUAGACCAAAGGCUAAACUGAGUGCUGACAACACAGACAUUCCAGUAGGGGGCAGUGUGACCCUGACCUGCUCUGUGGACCCAUCAUCAUCUGGUUGGAAAUACUACUGGUACAAAGGCAAGAAAACCUCUGAACCCCUGAACACACAAGAUGCUGUUUUCCAAUCAACUGGACAAAUCAGUGUCUCACAGGGAGGACUCUACUGGUGCAGAGGAGGAAGAGGAGACCCAGUUUACUACACAGAGUACAGUGUUUCAAUCAUGAUCAACACAAUUGUCUCAAAUAAGGCUGUUGUGACUCUGCAACCCAACUGGACUGAGAUAUACAGAGGAGAGGCGAUGAUGCUGAGAUGUGAGAUCCACGACGGAGACACAGAGUGGGAGUAUGAAUGGGAAACACCCCGCAUAUACAUACCUCCAAAUCAAAAUGAAUACAAGAUUAGCAAGGCUUACUCACACCACAGUGGAAACUACAGGUGUAAAGGCAGAAUGAAAAAUGCACAACGUACUUCAACAGAGUGGAGUGAUUACAUCAAAUUGACAGUAUCUGACAAUGCACCAGAGUCUGUCCUCACUGUGUCUCCAUCAUGGCUGAGUCCUGGAGACUCAGUAACUCUGAGCUGUGAGGUUGAACAUCCAUCUGCAGGAUGGAGGUUCUACUGGUAUGAGACUGUUCCCAAACCAUCAAACAACUCCUACAGCUAUGAGCUGCUACCUGGUAGCACCAAUGGGACUGAACAGGAUUCCUACAUCAUUCAUGGGUCGACACACACAGCAGGAUAUAUGUGUAGAGCUGGAAGAGGAGACCCAGUGUUUUACACUGAUUACAGCAAACCUGCGUUUGUUUGGUCUGGAGAUGUUCAUUCAGCAGUGACUCUCAAAGUGAGUCCUGACAGAGCGCAGCACUUCAUCUAUGACUCUGUCUCAGUGAGCUGUGAAGGAAACUUUACUGAGUGGAGAGUGAGGAGGUUUCCUGAGGACCACUACUGGUCAUACUGUUCUAACUGGAGGUCAAUGACUGGAUCCACAUGCAACAUCAACAGUUCACAGCAGAGUGAUGCAGUGUACUGGUGUGAGUCUGGAUCAGGAGAGUUCAGCAAUGCAGUCAAUAUCACUAUACAGAAUGCAGAUAUUAUCCUGGUGAGCCCUGUGCAUCCUGUGACUGAGGGAGAUUCUGUUACUCUUGGCUGCAAACUGAAGACAGGAGAAUUACUUUCCAACGUGUUUUUCUAUCAAAAUGACAAACUUAUCCAAAAUGAUACCAGAGGGGAGCUGAAUAUCUCUGCAGUGUCAAAGUCAGACAAAGGCUUCUACAAGUGUAAAAACUCAGGAAACGAAUCAGUACAGAGUUGGAUGUCAGUUAAGGCAGUGUCCAGGCCUGACAGCUCUUCAUCUCUUAUACCAUUAAUUGUUGGGCUGGUUUGUGGAAGUAUUCUUAUUAUUCUCCUGCUCCUGUUGUAUCGCUACAGACGAUCCAAAGAUUCACGCUUUAUCAGGCCGAUCCAGUCUGACAGCACCAAUCAGGACCCCACCAUAAAUCACAUGGUCAACCUUAAUGAAACUCAACAUAACGUAUACUCCUCUCCUCUCCAUGGUGAUGCUCCUGUCUAUGAAUCAAUCAAAGGCUCUGAGGACACUGAAAAUGGUGAUGCUUCUGUCUAUGAAUCAAUCAAAGACUAUGAAGACCCUGAAAAUGAUUCACACUUUAUCAGGCCGAUCCAGUCUGACAGCACCAAUCAGGACCCCGCCGUGAAUCACAUGGUCAACCUGAAUGAAACUCAACAUAACGUAUACUCCUCUCUUCUCCAUGGUGAUGCUUCUGUCUAUGAAUCAAUCAGAGGUUCUGAAGACACUGAAAAAGAUUCAGGCUUUAUCAGGCCGAUCCAGUCUGACAGCACCAACCAGGACCCCGCCGUGAAUCACAUGGUCAACCUGAAUGAAACUCAACAUGACCUAUACUCCUCUCUUCUCCAUGGUGAUGCUUCUGUCUAUGAAUCAAUCAGAGGUUCUGAAGACACUGAAAAUGAUUCAGGCUUUAUCAGGCCGAUCCAGUCUGACAGCACCAAUCAGGACCCCGCCGUGAAUCACAUGGUCAACCUGAAUGAAACUCAACAUGACCUAUACUCCUCUCUUCUCCAUGGUGAUGCUUCUGUCUAUGAAUCAAUCAGAGGUUCUGAAGACACUGAAAAAGAUUCAGGAUUUAUCAGGCCGAUCCAGUCUGACAGCAACAAUCAGGACUCUGCUGCAAAUCACAUGGUCAACCUGAAUGAAACUCAACAUAACGUAUACUCCUCUCUUCUCCAUGGUGAUGCUUCUGUCUAUGAAUCAAUCAGAGGUUCUGAAGACACUGAAAAUGAUUCACGCUUUAUCAGGCCGAUCCAGUCUGACAGCACCAAUCAGGACCCCGCCGUGAAUCACAUGGUCAACCUGAAUGAAACUCAACAUAACGUAUACUCCUCUCUUCUCCAUGGUGAUGCUUCUGUCUAUGAAUCAAUCAGAGGUUCUGAAGACACUGAAAAUGAUUCACGCUUUAUCAGGCCGAUCCAGUCUGACAGCACCAAUCAGGACCUCACCAUAAAUCACAUGGUCAACCUUAAUGAAACUCAACAUAACGUAUACUCCUCUCCUCUCCAUGGUGAUGCUUCUGUCUAUGAAUCAAUCAAAGGCUCUGAGGACACUGAAAAUGGUGAUGCUUCUGUCUAUGAAUCAAUCAAAGACUAUGAAGACCCUGAAAAUGAUUCACACUUUAUCAGGCCGAUCCAGUCUGACAGCACCAAUCAGGACUCUGCUGCAAAUCACAUGGUCAACCUGAAUGAAACUCAACAUAACGUAUACUCCUCUCUUCUCCAUGGUGAUGCCUGUCUCUAUGAAUCAGUCAGAGGCUCUGAGGACCCUGGAAAUGAUGCAGGAGAAUCGCAGGAUAUUAUAUAUUCUUUGAUUGAGCUUAAAAACAUUGCUAAGAGGGGGAAGCGUCAUGAAACAGUGGAGAGCUCUGUUUACGCUGAUGUGAAGAUAGGAUCUGCUGCAGAUGAUAAUCUAAAGUAUGCCCAGGAUAACUAUCACAAUAAAGGCAAAGCCAAGAAACACAAAGGAAAAUCAACUCCUGCAGCAACUGAUGAAGCUGUUUAUUCUGAAGUCUAACCAGGAACAUCUCUUGGUCAGUAAAGACAGCUGUAUGGACAAGGCCAAAUAAAUAUGGUUAACAGCAUUUUAUAUAACCAUUGUGUGCAACUCUGCUAUCCAAAUAUCAGCCAUGCUCAGUGUUUUGUACAGUUAAUGUAAUAGCAGAUGAUAUAAAAUAAUUACAUCAUGUGGAUUUAAUACUCUCUUUUUAGAAGAAAGCACAAGACUACUGAGAUUUAUUCCCAUUUAGUAUUUAUGCACUGUAUCAUUAUUAUCAUUAUUUUUACAGUUAUUUUUUCACUUGAUUUUAAAAACUUUGAUUGCAGGCUGUUUCAAAGAGCAGCAGGAGGUAUCAGUUUGAAAUGUUUAAACGACAUUACCCAGGUGGUACUGCAGCUUUAAAGUCAACAUAUUUUUCAGUGUUAGAUGAAAAAGCUCCAGGAUGGACAUCAACAAUUACUUUUGUAUAUGUAAUGAAUUGCUAUCAACUACUACAUGUAACUUUUGC